AUGCGUGCAAAUGAUUACGAUAAAAGUGUCGUGAAUUUUACAAAGAAGGACAGUCUUACUUUAAAGAUGGUGCUCCACCUCUGGCUUAUUUUGUUCACUGCCUUCGCUUUGCCAGAGAAUGGUACAGGCUAUUUCAUCCCAAAUCUUCGUUGGGUUUACGUGGGCCACAAUGGACUUAUGCUGCGGUGGGAUACGGCACAAUUUGCCUACCAAAAAGUUGAGUGGGUUCGAAUGGUCGCCGAACUUGUGGAUUCCCCGGUUGAAAAGAAGGAAGAGAGCGCUAAUAUGGAGAGCGGACGAAUUACUCUUUACGGAUUUGAACCAUACACAUACUACAGAGUGACUGUGCAAGGCUAUCGAGAUGGGCGAGUGCUUUUCGAUUUGGGAAGUUUUAUAAGAACAUUGCCUACUGCUCCUGCUGGUGUGCUACCGCCUACUGGAAGGGCUAUAUCGACGGAGGAAAUUGAACUUCAGUGGUUGGCGCCCACUAGACCCAAUGGAAUCCUCAAACCCUACGUUUUAACAUGUUUCGAUGUCUCCAAUUCCUGGUCACCAGUCAGCGUGACAACUAAAAACAACGAAACCUUAUCAGUGUCUAUCGAAAAUCUUCAUCCCGGCACGGAAUAUCGGUGCUAUGUGCUUGCCAGCACGGUGCCAGGAGUAGGCCAGAUCUCGAGAUACUGUGAAAGAAGAUCUGAGUUAUCGAAUCCCAUUCGCACAAUGGCUUUGGCUCCCUCUCGUAUCCCUCGUCCAAAAGGCAAGGCUAUAUCAUCAACAGAAAUUGAGCUAACGUGGUCAAAGCCCAAGCACUCCAAUGGCAUCCUCAAACCCUACCUUGUCACCUGCUUGGAUGUUACACACUGCAGCGCUCCAUCAAGGAUAACCACUAAUGACAGUGAGACAACCUCCGUUGUAGUCGGAAACCUGAUACCAAACACAUUUUAUCAGUGCAGUGUGAUGACCAGCACGAUUCCAGCAAUUGGACAGGAUGCGACGCAGUGUGAAAGGCGUUCGGAGUUAUCAACUCCCAUUCGAACCAUGUCGUUAGUGGAGUUUGGUAGGCACAUUUCGAAUCCACAGGGUAGUGGGCGUAGGCAUCACAACUUGCAGCCAUACACGUUCAAGGAGGGAAUACGUUGA